GUCGAUAGUACAGAAUCUAAUGCUAACGUGUAGCGUCACAGGUUCGUGUCUCCGCAAGUAAUUGCAUAUUCAUGUACUGCUAUCAUAGUGAUCUAUAUUGGCAUCUUUAUCGUACGCUUUCUGUUGCAUUCAUGUACACUUCCUGUAUUCCCUCCUUUUUCCUGCGAGGACUCGUAUCAUCGCACCAGUGACUUUAGCGCCGAGCAACCAGCUUUCGCCACGCGUUCCAGAAUUUUAUCGUGACGCACGUUGACAACACGUCAAAAAUGGCAGAUUCUCCGCCUAGUAAAGCAGAUAUCGAGGAAAUUUUCAAAAGGCUACGGGCCGUCCCAACCAACAAGACAUGUUUUGAUUGCAACGCGAAAAAUCCAGCAUGGGCCAGCGUAACGUACGGAGUCUUUUUGUGCAUCGACUGUUCAGCGGUGCAUCGUGGCCUGGGAGUGCAUCUUACCUUUGUCAAAUCUACGCAACUUGACACAAAUUGGACAUGGUUGCACUUGAGGAACAUGCAGCUGGGUGGUAAUGCUAACGCUAAAAAAUUCUUUGCACAACACAACUGUACCACGACUGAUGCUCAGCAGAAAUAUAAUUCGCGCGCGGCUAUGCUGUACAGGGAAAAAUUAGGUCAAGCAUCCGCUCAAGCAAUGCGUCGUUAUGGCACAAAGGUUUCUCUUACUACAUCGAAAAAUAAGACAAUGCUGCAUUUAGAUGAAAGCACAGAAAUAGUAUCAGAAGAGACAAACGAGCCAGAUUUUUUCAAGCAGCAUGAAAAUUUUGACUUACAUGAAAACAAUACAUUAAUUUCAAUGGAAGAAAAGGCAUUCCUAGCACCUAAUACUGUGCCAAACGUUGAUAGUACAGAAAAAAGUGCAUCAGAAGACAUUUCUAAUUCCUUGGGUCCUUCCGUUAAGCUUUUCGAUCCUGUUUCAAAUGUACAAACUGCAAGGAAAUCUACUAUAGGUUGCAGAACAGCACAAUCUAAACGUCCUGGUGGUUUAGGAAAGAAAGCUGGGAGUUUAGGAGCUCAAAGAGUCAAGACGAAUUUUGACGAAUUAGAAAAGAGCGUCGCGGAGGCACGUAAACAAGCGCAAGAGAAGGACAAGGAAGUGACAAAAGAAGAGCAGGAAGAGCUUGCCACGCGUUUAGCCCAAAAGUAUGAGCAAAAUUUGAGUCAACAAGCAAAAAAAAUAGAGGAGAGAGCUAAGCAGUUAGAUCCAUCGAAAGCCACGCAAGCAGAACGGCUUGGAAUGGGAUUUAAUGCACGAAGUGGCGCGAGUCACUCUGCAUUUGGCGACAUGAAGACAAUAAAGCAAGAGUCUAAGUCCACCAAUAUCAGCACGUCAACGGAAGCACUGUCUGGAGAAACUGAUCUUUUCUUUACCUUGGAUGAGUUUUACUCGGUUUACGCUAACAGUAAACCAUCUUCUCGUAACGACGAAAUUGUGGUCGUGGCAGAACCAGAACCGCCUAAACGGUUAGCUCCCACAAGCAGCCGUAUCGCCAACGUGAAGAGUGACACGAAACCAUCGUCUACCAUCUCUACCAUCGAAGGAGAAGCCCAGAAAAAGUUCGGAAGCGCCAAGGCCAUUAGUUCGGAACAAUACUUUCAAGACAGUACUUCCGACAAUUUGUGGGAACGUAAAAAUAAUUUGCGUCGCUUCGAGGGCUCGUCCAGCAUUUCAUCGGCCGAUUAUUUCGGUACUGAAGGCUCGACGCCGACUUCGCCCACGUCCUCGUUGUCUAUGCGUCUAACCGCAGGAAGGGCUGGUGUCGUGGAUCUCGACGAUGUCCGAGAGAGUGUACGUCAAGGUGUAAACAAGGUUGCUGGAAGACUUAGCUCGCUCGCAAAUGCGGCGGUUUCCUCUAUACAAGAUCGUUAUGGAUUUUAAACGAAAUCUUUUUGCGCUUCACGGAAAUUGUUACAAUACUUAUUAUCCGGACUCAGUCUUGUUCAUUGUUCAGAGUUGUAAAUAAAAGCUUAUAAUUGAGCUUUUGCGUAGCUUAUUCUACGGGUGUGUCGCGCACACAUAAAUAGAUGUAUGAAACUGAUCAAAAAAAUUGACGAUCGUUACAAAUUUAGUGCAAUAUAAAAAUUACGCAGUUUCGAGAACGAAAAUAUAAAUGCAAAAUGUAUUUUAUAAAUAUACGUCCGCUCAUCUUUAUCAACAAA